GCGUUCUCUCUCCACCUCCGCCAACACACACACACACACACACCAUUUACCAUCACCUCUCUCUUCCUUCUCUCCACCUCCUCCUUUCUCUCUCUCUCUUACCCUUUGAGUGAGCGAGAGAUCUCCCAAACCCGAGCGAGGCGCUCCCGGAGACCCAGAGAGGCGAUAUCCUCGUGAAGCGCAACAUGGCUACAAUUGUAACCUCCACCAGGUUUACAGACGAAAACCAGCUGUACGAAGAGCUCGGAAAGGGUGCCUUUUCUAUUGUUCGGCGAUGUGUAAAGAAAUCAACCGGCCAGGAAUAUGCUGCUAAGAUCAUCAACACAAAAAAGCUGUCAGCACGAGAUCAUCAGAAGCUAGAAAGAGAGGCCAGGAUCUGCCGUCUGCUUAAACAUCCCAACAUAGUGCGUCUCCAUGACAGUAUCUCAGAAGAAGGCUUUCAUUACCUGGUCUUUGACCUCGUAACUGGUGGAGAGUUGUUUGAAGACAUCGUCGCAAGAGAAUAUUACAGUGAAGCAGAUGCAAGUCAUUGCAUCAAUCAGAUCCUGGAAAGCGUCAGCCACAUCCACCAGCAUGACAUUGUGCACAGGGACCUCAAGCCAGAGAACCUGCUGUUGGCCAGUAAGAUGAAGGGGGCGGCUGUGAAGUUGGCUGAUUUUGGCCUUGCCAUCGAGGUGCAGGGAGAUCAGCAGGCCUGGUUCGGUUUUGCAGGCACCCCUGGAUACCUCUCCCCUGAAGUCCUGAGAAAGGACCCCUAUGGAAAACCAGUGGAUAUCUGGGCUUGUGGUGUGAUCUUGUAUAUCCUGCUGGUGGGUUACCCUCCUUUCUGGGAUGAGGACCAGCACAAACUGUAUCAACAGAUCAAGGCUGGAGCCUAUGAUUUUCCCUCUCCAGAGUGGGACACUGUUACCCCGGAGGCCAAAAACCUCAUCAACCAGAUGUUGACUAUCAACCCAGCGAAGAGGAUCACGGCUGACCAAGCGCUCAAACAUCCGUGGGUCUGCCAACGCUCCACUGUCGCCUCCAUGAUGCAUCGUCAAGAAACUGUUGAAUGUCUGCGCAAGUUCAACGCCCGCAGAAAACUAAAGGGGGCUAUUUUGACCACCAUGCUGGUUUCCAGGAACUUCUCAGUGGGUCGGCAGCACACCAGCCCCGCCGCCCCCACCACCAGCACAGCUGCACUGGCACAAGAAGCAUGCAAAAGUUUACUGAACAAGAAGUCUGAUGGCGUGAAGAAAAGGAAGUCAAGCUCCAGUGUUUAUUUGAUGCCACAGACAAACAACAACAAAAACAGUGUAGUAAGCAGCAGCACCAAAGACAGCAGCAUAUCAUCCACUGCACCAAUGGAACCACAGACCACUGUCGUGCACAAUCCAGCCGAUGGCAUCAAGGGGUCUACAGAGAGCUGUAACACCACAGAAGAGGAGGACAUGAAAGCACGAAAGCAGGAGAUCAUUAAAAUCACCGAGCAGCUGAUUGAGGCCAUCAACAAUGGAGAUUUUGAAGCUUACACGAGGAUCUGUGACCCUGGCCUGACCUCGUUUGAGCCCGAGGCACUUGGAAACCUGGUUGAGGGAAUGGACUUCCAUAAGUUCUACUUUGAGAAUUUGCUGAGUAAGAACAGUAAGCCUGUGCAUACAACCAUCCUGAACCCUCACGUGCACCUGAUUGGAGAGGACGCUGCUUGCAUCGCCUAUAUCCGACUGACGCAGUACAUGGACAGCCAGGGCCGGCCACGCAGCAGCCAGUCGGAGGAGACCCGUGUGUGGCACCGCCGAGAGGCCAAGUGGCUCAACAUCCACUUCCACUGCUCUGGAGCGCCUGCCGCACCUCUACAGUGAACCACACAGGGCAAAGCAUGCCUGAAUAAUAAAGCUGAUUGGAGCAUUUCUUCUCCGUGCACGUCUUGCCGCCUGGAGCCCGGCCAGAAGAGAACCUCUUGAAGUUUUGAAAACGUGAGGGAAAAAAAUUGACACAACUAAGAAAUCUAUUUAAAAGUGGCCACCACUUCAGUCCAACUCUAGCUAGAUGUGGGGCGGGCGGCCACGGCAGCAGCCCUGCCUUUUGGAUGCUGCAUGCUUCUAAUGCCCACAUGGGGCGCUGUAUUGUCUUUACACAUAAUCCCAUAAUGUCUGCUGCCCAACAUUCAGAAAUGGUGUUCAAAGUAUUAAUAAUAUAUUGUAAAAUAUUGAGAUCUUCACUUGUGUAAUUAACAGCUGGUAGACAUGGACGUUAGAAUCAGAAAUGUGAAUCUUUGAAAAGCACACGCUGUUUUAAGGGUAAAUGGUGUGAGUUUGUUACGUUUAAGAAAAAGAAACAAAUCGGUUUUGAUUUUAUUUUUUACGCAAAGAAUGUGAUUGCAUGGCAUAUCAGAGGGAACGAAAAAUGUAUCAGAUGUUGAAGCAUAUUGAGAAGAGGAUGUUUUAAUGUUGCUUUUAUUUUCUUUGAAAUUAAGGAACGGGGUUGGGGAAGAUUUUGUUAGGCUUUCUGUCGUGUUUUUGUGGAUCUCUUGGUUUUUAUUUCCUGAAUGAUGCUGUAUUUGAAAGUAUUUUGUGUUUUCAAGAAUUGUUUUAAAGUGGGACACGAUUUAAUAUAGUUGUGCAUAAAUCAAUAUUUAUGAAGAUAAAGGGCGAAACAGUGUGUGGUGUUCCAAGGGAGAGAAGGGUGGGGAGAUGUGUUUGUCUACAUAUAAAUGUUUUUUCUUGGGUUUUGUAUAAAUCUUCUUUACACACACUUCCACAUGAGGCCUAAACUCAAGUUGGGUUGGUUUACUUGCCUCCCUGUAUGUUUGUACCCAUAACCUCCUGGCUCUCUGAACCUGAAGUUGCAGAACUCACAUAGAUUCGAGUUUAUGUCUCCUGGUCCCCAGGGGGCGCUAAACACUACACACAAUUUGCUCAUAGCCCCUGCCCUCCCUCACAGAGUUACUAAGCUCAACCUUUUAGGCUUCCAGCUGCUGUGCAUAUCAUUUUUAGACUAUACGCAUGUCGAGAAAAAAAAAAAAAAAAUGAAUGGCCUGUACUGUUUUUGCACAUAAGCUUGAGACUCUAUGCUGUUCUGUUCACUUUUUGUGGACUGUUUUGCAACUUCAGGUUAUGAAUUCCAUCCAUAGGGAGGGAUUUGAAUGGAAAUGACUUGAUGAAUGCAGUUCCAUGGUGUUUUGGGGUCCAUUUCGCGGUAGAAUCUUUUCUGAGUAUCUUGAUCAUUUUAUUUGAAUUAGUUCCAGUAUAACCUGUAAAUACUAAUGCAUAUCAUUGAUGCGGGAUGAAUCCAACGCUCAGCCAUUAGUCCUCAUCCAGAUGCACGUACACACACACAGGCUUUCAGUACACACAACUCACAUAGUUUAAAAAAGAAAAAUCUUGGUUUGGGUGUGUUAAAGCACAUGGACACAUUGUGCUCCCUUUAAAGCUUAUCUGUGUGAUUGCCAUACAUUGGAACACUGUUUGGACUGUGUUAUGUAGAUCCUGUGUGUGAUUUGUGAUGCCUGGGGAUUUAACAUUCCCCUUUUACUCUGUGCUAAGCCAUUUCUCGUGACAUUUACCUUUUGAGGAUGGGCCAAAAGUUGCACCCAACCCUAUAUGAUGUUCAAAAAAGGGAGGAAAGAGAGUACUCCUACCCUAAAGCCAUCUUGUUAGUGAGUUCACUUAUCCACAGAUGAAACCGUCUGACACAGUGACGUCUGCCAAACCUUCAUACUCCGUGCUCUGUUGCCCCCUGCUGAAAUCUUAUAACAGUGUGAUCAGCCCCAGUCUCUGGCAACUUCUAUCACUCAUAUAUAUAUUAGUGUAUCCUCUCAGAUAUGAGAAUGUCCUUGUUUAAAAAAGUGCAGUUUAGUCAGUCAAACAUCCAUAAAAAAUGUAAAUGGCAAAGAAAUGUUUCCAGAUGCAGGAGAUUGUAGUUUUUGUAUUUGUUAUGACUGUUAAAUGGACACAAACGCCUUUGUAUGCGAAGUGAAUAAUUCCUGAACAAAAUAAUUCCCACAACCAAACCAUAUAUGCAGUUCAGCAGAAGGAAAAUAUGCAUGUGUAACUUUCUGGUAAUAAUUUUCACUGUCUGUGUUACUUAAAAUUUAAUUGUGUAUAUUACCUGCAUCUUCAAGGUAAAUGAAAUGUGGCUCUGAGAUAUGGUUUCCAAUGCUAAAAUGAAAUGCUAAUUUUGUAAAGAAAUGGACUAAAAGAAAUUAACAAUGCUUUAGCUUGGUAUGUUUCCCCAUUCUUGUCAGUUUUUUGCAUUGUAACCAUAUAUGAUGGGACUACAUAUGCUUAUGAGGUUUAAUUGGAUGCUGGAUUUUUGCAUGACCAUACAAUUAAUAAACCUAUGAAUUGAAAUCCA